AGGUACUACAGGCCUGACCUUAGUAUACCUGAAAUACCUCCUAAGCCUGGAGAACUGAAAACAGAACUGUUGGGUCUAAAACCAAGAUCAAGCAAAGUUCAGACUUCACAAGAGUGA